AGCAAUGGUGGAUGAGGCUGUGGUCAACAUGAUCAUCAAGGACUCCCAGCCGUUCUCCGUUGUGGAGGAUGUGGGCUUCAGGGAGCUCAUGCACCUAAUGGAUCCCAACUAUAUUCUCCCCAGUAGAAAGGCUCUGAAAGCAAUGGUGGAUAUAAAAUAUCAGGAGGCCAAGGAGAAGGCCAGAGAGCAGGUCCAGAAGGCUGUGGCUGUCAGUCUCACGUCUGACAUGUGGACGUCCAUCAAUAUGGACGCCUACCUGGCAGUGACGUGCCAUUUCAUUGACGAUGAAGACCAGCUCUGCACUACUCUGCUUGGGGUGCAACAUUUUCCAAAGGCCCAUACAGCAGAAAACCUUGCAGCGGGGCAUGUACAGCUCAUGGAGGAGUGGGGCAUCAGAGAUAAGGUGAAGUGUCUUGUCACUGAUGGCGCAUCAAACAUGAACGCUUGUGUGAGACAACUAAAUGUGAGGCAUGCAAUAUGCAUUGCUCACACAAUAAACCUUAUUGUUCGCAAGUCCUUCGAUGAUGUGGAAGGACUAAAUGAAUUAAGGCAGAAAUGUAGGAGGUUGGUGACCCUCUUCCGCACAAGCACUACUGCGAAAGAGCGACUGGUCCAAGUGCAGGAGCAGAUGGGAAGGCAGCCCUACAAAAUGAUAAUAGAGGUAGACACGCGUUGGAACAGCACAUUCCUUAUGUUGCAGCGGCUGUAUGAGCUAAGAGAGCCAGUGGGGGCAGCCCUGGCCUCACUGAAAACAGACAUUACCCCCCUUACAGCAGCUGAGUAUGACUCUGUGAACAACACUCUGAGUGUACUCGCCCCAUUCCACCAAGCAACAGUUGAGGUUUCUGCUGAGAAGAGGGUAUCCUCCUCAAAAGUGAUACCUCUCAUGAAGAUGUUGCAUCAUGCAAUAACAAACAAGAUGCACACAAUGAAUGCAUCCACCAUUGCGAGGCAGCUGGGGGACAACCUUGUUCGACGUCUGAGGGACCACAUGAGUUCUUUGGAGUCAGCAGGUGGCCUGACAAUGCCAACUUUAUUGGAUCCAAGAUUUAAAAAAUUAGGAUUCGAAAAUGCAACCAGGAGACAAGAAGCAGUGAACCGGCUGAAAAAUGAGUGUGCAAAUGUAAUAAGGCAUGAAGCCUCAUCUGCCCCCCCCAGACCAGCUGCAAAACACUCGCGUGGCUCAAUCUGGUGGCAAUAG